CCGGGGUCGGGGCCGCCGGGGCCAUGCGCGCGGGCUGGGCAGGGGGCCGGCGGGGCGCGCAGCAGAGCCGCCUCCGAGCCUGAGGCGCCCGGGGCCGGGGCCGGGGAGCCGCGCGGGCGGCCGGCCGGGGGGAGGGGAGCGAUGCGGCGCCGGCGGGCGGCCGUGGCCGCGGGUUUCUGCGCCUCCUUCCUGCUGGGCUCGGUCCUCAACGUGCUCUUCGCACCGGGCUCGGAGCCUCCGCGGCCAGGCCAAUCCCAUGGGCCCUCGCCAGCCCCGGGCCCGGGACGUCGCGGGGGCCGUGGGGAGCUGGCCCGGCAGAUCCGGGCGCGCUACGAGGAGGUGCAGCGCUAUUCCCGCGGGGGACCCGGGCCCGGGGCAGGCCGGCCGGAGCGCCGGCGCCUGAUGGACCUGGCUCCGGGCGGGCCGGGCCUGCAGCGCCCCCGGCCCCCGCGGGCCCGGCCCCUGCCCGACGGCGCUCCGGGCUGGCCCCCGGCUCCCGGCCCGGGCUCCCCUGGCCCGGGCCCGCGCUUGGGCUGCGCCGCGCUCCGCAACGUGUCUGGCGCGCAGUACGUGGGCUCCGGAUACACCAAGGCCGUGUACCGGGUCCGCCUGCCCGGCGGCGCCGCGGUGGCGCUCAAGGCUGUGGACUUCAGCGGCCACGACCUGGGCAGCUGCGUGCGCGAGUUCGGGGCGCGGAGGGGCUGCUAUCGGCUGGCGGCCCACAAGCUGCUCAAGGAGAUGGUGCUGCUGGAGCGGCUGCGGCACCCCAACGUGCUGCAGCUCUAUGGCUACUGCUACCAGGACAGCGAGGACAUCCCAGACACCCUGACCACCAUCACGGAGCUGGGCGCCCCUGUGGAAAUGAUCCAGCUGCUGCAGACUUCCUGGGAGGACCGGUUCCGAAUCUGCCUGAGCCUGGGCCGUCUCCUCCACCACCUGGCCCACUCCCCGCUGGGCUCGGUCACUCUGCUGGAUUUCCGCCCUCGGCAGUUUGUGCUGGUGGAUGGGGAGCUGAAGGUGACAGACCUGGAUGAUGCACGCGUGGAGGAGACGCCAUGUGCAAGCAGCACCGACUGCAUACUUGAGUUUCCAGCCAGGAAUUUCACUUUGCCUUGCUCAGCCCAGGGCUGGUGCGAGGGCAUGAAUGAGAAGCGCAACCUCUACAACGCCUACAGGUUCUUCUUCACGUACCUCCUGCCCCACAGUGCCCCAUCCUCACUACGGCCCCUGCUGGACAGCAUUGUCAAUGCCACAGGAGAGCUCACCUGGGGGGUGGACGAGACCCUGAGCCAGCUGGAGAAGGUGUUGCACCUGUUCAAGAGUGGGCAGUACCUGCAGAACUCCUCAGCAAGCAGCAGUGCCGAAUACCAGCGCCUCCCAGACAGCACCAUCCCAAGGGAGGACUAUCGCUGCUGGCCAUCCUACCACCAUGGAAGCUGCCUCCUUUCCGUGUUCAACCUGGCUGAGGCCGUGGAUGUCUGUGAGAGCCACGCCCAGUGCCGGGCCUUUGUGCUCACCAACCAGACCACCUGGACAGGUCGAAAGCUGGUCUUUUUCAAGACUGGAUGGAGCCAAGUCGUCCCAGAUCCCAACAAGAUCACGUAUGUGAGAACCUCUGGCUGACCAGGCUGAGGGCUCAGCUGACCAGCUGGGCUUGCCUGUGGCAGGAGUGACUUGCACUAGCAGUGCCGCAUGUCACCUGGGACCCCCUGCGGACACGGCUGCCAUCCCAGACAGACAGAUGUGACCAGGACAAACGUGCAAUAAUGCAAAAAUGUUAAAAUGUGAGUUUACCAGCCUAGGUGUGGGACCGCUGGCUCCCGGGCCAGGACUCAUGGUGGGGAGCUUAGGGCCUCUCCAAACUCUCUGGGCUGUGAGCACGGCUCAGGCUAGCCUCCCUGCUGAGGGCUAUGUCCCUCACUGGGGCAGGGCCGGGGGCAGCCCCGUUACCAUGUUCGUGGUGUGAGAAUGUAGCCGAAGCCCUGCUGCUGCUGCUGCCGCCGCCGCUGCUGUGCGUGCCAUGGUGCACGGGGGCUGCAUGGGGACAAUCGGUCACGGAGCACACACUCGGGGUGCUCCUGGGUGUGGGCAAUCCUGGACCUAGGGGCGCUGUCUCUGGCCUCCUGACAGGGGUGCUGCCCGGCCGGCCCAGGGGGCGGGGGCGGGGCAGAGGCACACGCGUCCAUUUGAGCCGAGACUAGGGUGGAGGAGCAGGUUGCGGUUUGAGCCAGGACCUGGGGCGGGGGUGGGGCCUUUCUGCCUCAUUUGCUUUCAGUGAAAGCCGCAAAGCAGCCAAAACCAGGCUCCCCCCCUCUCCUGGAGUUUGUAUAUGCAGAAGCUUUUGUACUUCUUGUUCAUUAAAUUGUUUAUUUUUGUAAAAAAAAAAAUUGAUCAGUUAAUAAAAUGAUGUCUCAUGGCAGAAACUC